GAAAAGGACGAGUAUAAACGAUAAAAGCCGAGACGCUAAUACUUUGCGCUGCGUGAGUUGAAAUAUUGGAAUUUCUCUCUUGUAACAACGGUAAACCGUUACUGUUGAUUAUCAGCACAGACAUGGCGCGACUGGGGAUAUUUCACCUUAUCUUUGGAACCCUGCUGGUAACACAAAGUGUCGCUAUUAUCAGGGUUCCUCUCCACAAAACCAGAAGCCUGCGUCGCCUCAUGAGUGACAACGGCAUGUCUCUGACGGAGCUGCGGGCUCUGGCUCAAACCGUCGGCCCCGAGGAAAAGCCUCCUCCUUCCGGACUGCCCGUGGAAAGACUAAUCAACUUCAUGGAUGCUGCGUACUACGGUGUGAUCAGCAUCGGUACUCCCCCACAGGACUUCACUGUGCUGUUUGACACCGGUUCCUCCAACCUGUGGAUCCCUUCGUUUCACUGUUCCUUCUUUGAUCUGGCCUGCUGGCUUCACCACCGCUACAACUCCAAAAAGUCCAGCACGUACGUGCAGAACGGCACAGAGUUCUCCAUCCAGUACGGCCGAGGCAGCUUGUCUGGUUUCAUCAGCGAGGACACGGUCUCCGUGGCUGGACUGUCGGUUCCUGGUCAACAGUUUGCCGAGGCGGUGAAGCAGCCUGGCAUCACAUUCGCAGUCGCACGCUUCGAUGGGGUCUUGGGCAUGGCCUACCCCUCCAUAUCUGUGGCCAAUGUCACGCCAGUGUUUGACAAAGCCAUGGCUUCCAAACUGCUGCCUGAGAACAUUUUCUCUUUUUACAUUAGCAGGAACCUAUCAGCAGCAGUGGGAGGAGAGCUGAUCCUGGGGGGCACGGAUCCACAGCACUACAGUGGAGAUCUUCACUAUGUUAACGUCACACGCAAAGCUUACUGGCAGAUUGAAGUGAACGGAGUGGAAGUUGGCAGCCAGCUGACACUGUGCAAAGCCAGUUGCCAGGCCAUUGUUGACACUGGAACGUCACUCGUGGUUGGCCCUCGGGAGGAAAUAAGAGCGCUGCACAGAGCCAUUGGAGCGCUGCCACUGCUAAUGGGAGAGUACUUAAUUGACUGUAAGAAGAUUCCAUCUCUCCCGGUCAUCUCCUUCAACAUUGGUGGGAAGAUGUUCAACUUGACCGGAGACGAUUAUAUCGUGAAGGAGACUCAGCUGGGAACAUCAAUCUGUCUGUCAGGCUUCAUGGCCAUGGAUAUCCCUCCUCCUGCUGGGCCCCUGUGGAUUCUGGGAGAUGUGUUCAUCGGAAAGUACUACACCGUGUUUGACAGGAACGCCGACCGUGUGGGGUUCGCUCCUGCCAAAUAAUUGGAGAACGACACGUGAGAGCGAAUGACGCCUGUGAACAUUUUCACAGGAAGUGAAAGUACGAAUCCAACGUAAAAAUAAAAAAAAAAAAGAUUUCAUGAUCUGAACAAAAGGACUGCUUCAGGUUCUGCUUCUAACCCUGAGCCUCAGCAUCACAGCUCUCAGUAAUUAGUUAAUAAAUCUAUGCAUUUUUUAUACUUUGAUAUUACAACAGCUUUAGGAAGAAAUUCACAAAUGUUUUAUAUGAUAAACUUGUUUCUGUACAUUUCAAAGUCCCUUACAUUUGAGUCAAUAAAGUGUAAUAUUUAUGAAAGAUGAA